AUGUUAUUUUUACCAGAAGUCCUGAUGCCUAUAGAGAUAUUAUUGCAAAUAUUAACUGACAACUAUCUAAAUUUAUCUUAUUGCGUUACAAUUGUUUCUGAAGAACAUAUAUUAAUUAAAAUUCCUAAUACUUUUAUGCGUAUAUCUGUAAAUGAUAAUGAUACGCUUACAAAUCUCAUGCUCAAUGCAUCAGAAAUGGGUUGUUCUGAUUACAUAGUGCAAGUAAACAAGCCAGAAAUAUUUAUGUUAGCGUUUGAAGAUGUUGUGCACUUGGGUAAUGUUAGAAAAGGCGACAGGAAGAUAAUUAUUCUACCAACCUUACAAAAUCUCAUCAAUAAAAGUUCACAAACGUUAACAAACGUUUUGUCAAUGAAGGAAACCAGAUUUGUUGCUAAUAUUCUUAUUAUUGUGCCAUCGGAAACAGUAAAUCAAUGCUAUACUUACGACCUCAUUACCCACCAAUUUAUUGGCAAACAUGAAAAUGAAAAGCCGAUCACUUUAGAUAGAUGGAACUCCUGUACAAGAAAGUUUGAAAAAGAUGCAAAUUUAUUUCCACAUAAUAUGACUAAUUUAGACGGAAAAAUAGUUAAAGUCACAGGGUUUACUUAUACGCCGUAUGUGUUGUUAGAUCUUGAUCCCAAUAUUGUACCUAAUGGUCGUGAUGGCUUGGAAGUAAGGAUAGUCGAGGAAUUGUGCAGGUGGAUUAAUUGUAAAAUUAAAAUAGUUGGAGACGAUGGAAGAGAAUGGGGAGAAAUAUACGACAAUAUGACUGGUGUAGGCAUUUUAGGAAAUGUAUUAAUUGAUCGAGCAGAUCUUGGCAUAACUGCACUAUACUCUUGGUAUGAAGAAUAUGUUGUAAUGGAUUUUUCAACUCCAUUUUUGAGAACUGGCAUUACAUGCAUAGCACCAUCACCAAGAUUAUUAGCUAGUUGGCAAAUGCCAUUAUUACCUUUUAAAUUGUAUAUGUGGAUUAGUUUGUUUUUCACAUUUAUAUAUGCAUCUUUGGCUUUGAUGGUAGCAAAAAGAUUUUCCUCAACUAAUGUUUUUUUGACUACUUUUGGUAUUAUGAUUACACAGUCACAGCCUGAGUCAGGAUUUUCAUCUUGGCGCAUACGCAGCGUCGUCGGUUGGAUGAUGAUGACUGGUUUAGUUUUGGACAAUGCUUACGGAGGAGGUCUGGCUUCAACAUUCACCGUACCUAGAUAUGAACCCACGAUCGAUACAGUACAGGAUAUUGUUGAUCGUAAACUUAUAUGGGGAGCUACGCAUGACGCCUGGAUAUUUUCAAUAACACUUUCCCAAGAGGUUAUAACUUACAUCAUUUCG